AUGGAAAACAGGGACCCCUAUCUAACCUGCAUCGUGUGCGGGAUGGAGACCAGCAGCUGGACGCCAAACAAGAUAGACAAAGAAAGGCCGGACUGGAGAAAGAUGCGAGAACAGAACCCGCAUCAACCAGUCAUUAUUCCAGCGUCCGACUUGGAAGCAGUGGAUUUUAUCGGCGAGGAACUUGCGACUCUCUGGGCCGCUUUUUACCGGGCAAUCAUCGACGACCCCACGACAAACUCGCUGUUUAUCUCGGGCAUCAACCGCAAAGGCGACUGCACGUGUCCGGGGCCCGUAAUCAACGACCCCGACAAAGCCUGCGUUUUCUUCAUGCCCCGGCGCCGCGGCCGGGCCCAGAGCCGAUUCACCGACUUCCACCCCGUGAACAUGAGCGGUUACGACAAAAACAGAGCAGCCGGGAAGCGGAUUGGAUACGCCAUCCACGCGGCAUGCUGGUUGCUUCUGGACCGGGUUAUCGGCGCGGAUCUCGUAACAAACAACCUCCGCGCGUUCGUGGACACCGUCUCGGCAUUCUGGAAGAAGCCCGCGAAUAGAUGCUCCUGGGAAACGGAAUCGAUUUGGGAAGUUGGACCGCCUGAGCAGGACCCGCAGUGCUGGUAUGAGCCGGACUCCGUGGGUCUGCGGAAGAUCGAGGAGGUCGGGGAGCUCGAUGAGGAUGGAUACCCGCGCGAGUUCACGAAGCGCGAUAUCCAUGCGCCGAAUAACCCGUUUCGAAUCGUGGAUAUCGCGGAGCUGGUUGGGCGGGUGGCACUACCUAAGCAGGGAGAGGGAGUCGACGGGUCCUUCCAACCUAAUGGUACCAGCAGUGCCAUUGCUGCAAUCUGCUGCCUCCCGACGGAUAUCGCCCUGCUGAUCGUGGACACAAUCUACACGACGCGGGAGUUCUGCCGGGCCAGGGUGCAAGACACGCGGAACCUGCUCCGGGCGACCGGGUGGGUGCUGCCACGGUCGUACUGGGUUGCGCGUUGCAACCCGGCGGUCGUGUUUGAGGUGCAGGAUCUGCUUGACUCGGGCAAGGCUGCGGACUGGGCGGCGCUGUGUCUGGGGCUGGAAGAGCUGCAGCUUCACCCGGACUGGUACUGCAAUAGUGGGUUGAACCAUCGACGGAAGAUAUUGGGGUUUUUGGCGGAGAUUAAGGAGGGAUUUGCGGAGAGGCUAUUGCCUUGA